UCUUCUUCGCCAUCCUCUCUCCUCCUCUCUAUGUGCUCUUUUUCUGUUGAAGAGGAAAACAAUAACUCUUCAAAAAAGUCUUCAAUCCCCAUAUUUUACUCCUCUGAUUCCUCAAUCUCGUACACUGAUAACCGCAAAAAAUUUCAGCUUUUUGUCUUCUCACCGGAAAAAUCGCCUGAGCUUUCCAGAAAUUUGGGAUUUUUGCGGCCGGAUUCUGAGUUUUCCUCGGAGAAGUAAUCAAAGACUAUAAUUUGACGAUUAGGGUCUGUCUUGAUUUUGGGGAUUUUUGAGGUGACUUGGAAGAGAAAUGAUAGAUAUCCCUGGAACACCAGGGACUUUGACUGGUCUGCUCUUGAGAAUUUCGCAGUGUGUUUUUGCUGCUGGCUCGAUUUCUUACAUGGUUACUUCUGGUGGAUUCUUCAGCUUCACUGCUUUCUGCUACUUAAUUGCAGCAAUGGGUUUGCAGCUCAUAUGGAGUUUCGGUCUAGCGAUACUAGACACCUUCGCAUUAGUGAGAAAGAAAACGCUUCUUAGCCCUGUUUUAGUCAGUCUCUUUGUAGUUGGAGAUUGGGUAACAGCGACUUUGUCACUAGCGGGAGCAUCGUCCUCUGCAGGAAUCAAUGUGUUAUACUUUGGGGAUUUAGGAAGCUGCAGUUUUGAAAGAGAGUGUUGGAGGUAUCAACUCUCUGUUGCCUUAGCUUUCCUUUGUUGGAUCACCAUCGCCAUUUCUUCACUUACCACACUUUGGUUACUUGCUUCUGGGUGAUUAUACAAGAAAAGAAAGGUUCAACACUCUUGUACAAUUUCCAUAUAUAUACUCUUUACACAAACUCAUUUUGAGAUUUUUGGAUUCUUUACUUUGUUAAUAGAAACGAUUACACCAUU